AUGUUCUCCUCAUUCUUCUCCACGACCGAUCCGACGGCACAGAACUUCCACCCCGUCUCGUCCGAGUACAAGCCGGAGGAUCUCGCGGGCGCGCUCGAGCCCAAGGAUCUCGAGUGGACGUGUGCCGGCGGAUUUAUUACUGAGACGCAGACGUGGUAUGCGACGCUCGAGGAUGGGACGUCGUUGAUGUGCCAGGUCAUCCACUCUGCCGUAGGAAUGUGGUACCCUCAGAUCCAGCUCACGUUCAAGCUCGCGAACCCGGUAACGGGCGAGAACACUUGGAAGAGCAUCAACGUGACCAACUUUGUUACUCCUCCGCCUGGGCUCGACAAGAGGUCGAGCAAGUCGGACCAGUUCACCAUUACGCACAAGGACAUCCCUGGCGGCGGAGAGUACCCCGAGACGUACUCGAUCACCGUUAACUGCGGCGACGAGCUCAAGGUUAUGCUUGACAUUCGUCGGCCUACGGCUGUUCCCGGCUUCAAAGUCGGCAAGGGCCCCAAGGGCGGCUUCUCGUACUUUGGCACGGACAAGGCCAACCCCGAGGGUUAUGUCGUUCACCGCUUCUGGCCUCUCACUCAGACCGUGGGCAAUGUUGUAGUCAAGGGCGCUUCCCGUGCGAUUGAUGCACCUGGCAUCUUCAUACACGCGAUCCAGGGCAUGCGCCCGAAUCUCGUGGCUGCACGCUGGAACUUCGUGCACUUCAAGAGCCCAUCACACCCGGGAACAAGCACGGUUCAGAUGGAGUUCACCACGACGGAUUCGUACGGCAAGAAGGGCAGUGGUUCGGGAUACGUUUCGGUGAACGUUGGUGCACUCGUGACGGAUGGGAAGCUGGCGGCUAUCACUGCGGAGACGAAGUGGCCGGGAGACAAGACGGAGGAGGGCGCUGUUGUGUCGCGAUGCGACCAUCUGAAGCCUGUGGUUGACCCGGAGACGACUUACCCUGCGCCUACGGAGCUGCUCUUUACGUGGAAGGGGCCCGCACUGGUGGGAUCUGGAGACGUCAAGGGCGUGUUGCAAGUCGAUGUUGGCGAGCCGAGCGCACCCAAGGGGUUGAUCGAGAAGGUGGACGUUCUCGGUGAGAUUCCUGGUGCGGUCAAGUCGAUCGUCAGCUAUGUUGCUGGCACCAAGCCGUAUAUUUACCAGUGGAUCAACCCGGCGAAGCUGAUCUUGACUGGCUCUGACGAUCUUGCACCUGGCUUGUCCAGCGGGCUUGAGGUUGAGGGCCACGCUUACGUUGAGUCGUCGUACAUCUCGUAUUGA